GUGAUAGUAUAUCAGAAAAUUCAAAGAAUCUGAUAAGGCAAACUGAUCAAAAUCACUGUAGGUGACCACCUGGCGAUUAGAACUGCCACUCUCCAGAAAAUACAAAAAUGACCACGUAGGAACCACCAAUUCACAGCCAUUGGUGAUCAAAAGCCUGCCUGAACCACGAAACCGGACUCACACUGGUCGUGCCACCUGCACUGUCAACCCGGUCUCGCUUCGCCUUUAAAGUCCAGCCAAAGCCCCAAUCAGCGCAGACGCUGAACGUGGACUGCGACGCUCUGACAUCAGAACAAAGAUGGCUGCGUCCUGCAGACUUUCCCUCGUACCCUAAAUUUUUGCGCCUAGCUCGUGUCAGGUUUAGAGUCACACUCGGCCUUUCUCCAGCCAUGUUUUCUCUCCGAAAUUGCGGUCUCUGGGUCGCGGCUUCCCUCAACAAAAAGCGCCUUACGUUGGCCCGGUUCAGCGGUGACAGCGCGGCGCCCUUGGCUACGAAGUUUGACGUGAUAGUCAUCGGCGGAGGACAUGCCGGGACCGAGGCAGCCGCCGCUGCUGCUCGUUGCGGCUCCCGGACCCUGCUACUCACCCACCGCGUGGACACGAUCGGUCAGAUGUCCUGUAAUCCUUCCUUUGGUGGCAUUGGCAAAGGGCACUUAAUGAGGGAAGUUGAUGCCUUGGAUGGGCUUUGUUCUCGAAUCUGUGACCAGUCUGGUGUACAUUACAAAGUAUUAAACCGGCGUAAGGGACCGGCUGUUUGGGGUUUGAGAGCUCAAAUUGAUAGGAAACUCUAUAAGCAGAACAUGCAGAAAGAAAUCCUAAAUACACCGCUGCUUACUGUUCAGGAGGGAGCUGUAGAAGAUCUUAUUCUUACAGAACCAGAGCCUGAGUACACUGGGAAAAGCCGUGUCAGUGGCGUGGUUUUAGCGGAUGGAAGCACAGUACAUGCAGAGAGUGUGGUUCUGACUACUGGGACGUUCUUGAGAGGCGUGAUUGUAAUUGGAUUAGAAAUGCAUCCAGCAGGACGUUUAGGGGAUCAGCCUUCCGUAGGGUUGGCUCACACUCUGGAGAAGUUGGGGUUUGUGGUGGGAAGACUGAAGACUGGGACUCCACCCCGAAUUGCCAAAGAGUCCAUUAAUUUCAGCAUUCUAAACAAGCAGACACCAGAUAAUCCAUCCAUACCAUUCAGUUUUAUCAGUGAGACAGUGUGGAUUAAGCCAGAAGAUCAGCUGCCAUGUUACUUGACUCACACCAACCCUAAAGUGGAUGAGAUUGUCCUUGAGAACCUUCACCUUAAUAGUCACAUUAAGGAAACUACAAGAGGACCCCGAUACUGUCCAUCCAUUGAAUCAAAGGUUUUGCGUUUUCCAAACCGUCUUCAUCAGGUUUGGUUGGAACCUGAAGGAAUGGAUUCUGACCUCAUCUACCCCCAAGGGUUAUCUGUGACGCUACCAGCUGAAUUACAGGAGAAAAUGAUCACAUGCAUCAAAGGCUUGGAGAAAGCUAAAAUGAUUCAGCCAGGUUAUGGUGUUCAGUAUGAUUAUUUAGACCCCCGUCAGAUCACUCCUUCUCUUGAGACUCAUUUGGUGCAACGGCUCUUCUUUGCUGGCCAGAUAAAUGGCACUACUGGUUAUGAGGAAGCUGCAGCUCAAGGUGUGAUAGCUGGAAUCAAUGCAAGUCUUCGGGUCAAACGCAAGCCUCCUUUUGUCGUUAGCCGAACAGAAGGCUACAUAGGAGUCUUGAUUGAUGACCUCACCACACUGGGUACCAACGAACCAUACCGCAUGUUCACGAGCCGAGCAGAGUUCCGUUUGUCACUGCGCCCUGAUAACGCCGACAGCAGGCUCACGUUCCGAGGGUAUAAGGAAGUUGGCUGUGUGUCCCAACAACGAUAUGAAAGAGCUUCUUGGAUGAAGUCUUCUUUGGAAGAAGGCAUUUCUGUGCUGAAAUCCAUUGAGUUUUCAAGUUCUAAAUGGAAAAAGUUAAUUCCAGAGGCUUCUAUAAGUAUUGAUAAAAGUCUGCCUCUCAGAGCUCUAGAUGUUCUGAAGUAUGAGGAAGUUGACAUGAAGUUAUUAGCCACAGCUGUUCCAGCGCCCUUGAAGAAGUACAUUACAUGUAGAGAACUAGCUGAAAGACUGAAAAUAGAAGAUUGGGGCUGCUAGUCGUAUACCUGGAGUGACACCUGCUGCCAUCAUCAAUCUGCUCCGAUUUGUGAAGACCACUCGGCAGAGACAGGCGGCUAUGGAUGAAUUGCCCAACACUGACCAAUACUUAUGCGAGACAGACAAACUGGAAGAAAGACAGUUAUAGCUUUGUUUUCAUAGAAGACUUUUAAAUAGUACGAGCAGAGAGAGGAGAUAAGUACUGUAUUUUGGUUUUAGCACCUGUUAAAAUAACCUUAGGUUAUUAUGGAUUUAUGAUUAAUUUAUGAAGAGGGCAAAGAUUAUAAUAACUGUGCUUCUUUAUCUGAGAAAGUUAUAAAGUCUUCAUUUAUAGUCUUCAUCUUAGGUGCUCUAAUACAGUGAGCAUAUUAAUGUAACGGGAGUAUUCAUCAAACAGAGAUCAUAGUGGAUCCGCAACUAAACCAGAAAAAAAAACUUCAGCUUGCAGAUUUGCUUACUCAUAAAGACUUUGUCCAUUAAAUGUUACCAAAGUAAAAGUCUUAUGUUUCAACCUGUUUUGAAAGUUAGUAGUCUUUUGCUUGGAUAAGGAGGCGAUUUCAAAGCCCUCAAAUUCUUAGGGUUUCAAAUUUGAAACUAUACAAAAUCAUCUAGAAUUAGCCAGUUGAUUUCCAACAUUUAAAAAUGUAGUAUGUAGGGUGAAAGUUGUCUUCUAAGAUUCCUACACUUCUCCAGGAAAUCCUCACCAGUAAUUAUCUUUGAACAUCAAUGAAUAUCCUGUAAACUAGAUCAGAAAUGAUCAUAGUUUCCUUUGAUCCACAAUAUGGAAAAGUUUUUGGCAACCUGGUUAAAGGGAAAAUAAAGGUAGUUACUUCAUAUCAUA